AUGCCAAAAAAUUUAAACCUAUUCGGGAAAUAUUUAAGAAGGCUUGGGAAAAGUCACAAGAAGGGCUUCAAAAAGAAGCAGGUAAUUCACCCAGUGCCGGUGAAGGCCUAUGGGAGAGUCCCAUCAGCAGCGUCACAGACAGGUCUGUACCACGAUGAGGAUUAUAACUACUACACAAAGGUAUCCUACUCGUUAAAGAAAACGAGAAUUAAGUUAAAGCCAAACGUUUUUAAAAAACACAUAGUUAGUAAUAUAUUAAACACGAUCAUCCCAAAUGUUAAGGUUACAACGAGUGCACUACAUGCUAUGGAUGACGCGGGAGGAUUUGAUAACUAUAUUUUAAGGACACCUCCAGAGGAGCUUCGAUCAAACUUUGGAGAAAAAUUAAAAAGUGUUAUAUCUUUUUCUCUUCCAUGGAAAAUUUUUAUGAGCAAAUUUCAACAAAGUGACUUUUACUACGCUAUUUAUCAGCACCUGCGGAAGAAAAGACUGCACGAACUUUACAAGGAUAAACAAUCUGCUCAGUUUUCUCCGUAUUACUUGCCGAAUGAAAAAUAUUUGCACCCACAGAGACAGCCAUUUUCUGUUAAUACAGAAGUUAGCAAUCUUAAUUUGUGGUAUAAUAAAAAUAAAUUAUUGAGGAAGGCCUUUGUAGAUAAAUUGAAGCAGGCCAAAUCUUUUGACAAGGCCUACACGGAUCACCACUUUUUGGACAGCUACAGAACUGGCAGAGGCCGUGGCGGAGGGGGAAAGCACGGACGCACGCCGAGGAAGCGCUCCAAGACGUAUAAGUACUUUGAGAUUAGGCCGUACUAA